GGGGUCCUGAAGUUCGCUCGGCUGAUCAAGUCCUACGAGUCGCAGGACCCGGAGAUCGCCAGCAUGUCGGGCAAGCUCAAGGCCAUGUUCCUGCCGCCCAUGACGCUGCCGCCGCACGGGGCCGGGACCGGCGGGGGGGGCGGGCUCUCGAGCUGUGUCCUGCCCCGCCGGGUCGCGGUGCGCUGGCCGGCGCUGUCCUCCCGAGGUGGGGGUCCUGUCGGCCCCGGGAAUGGAGCACUUCAACAAGGGAGCAGCUGA